AUGGGUGCCUACAAAUAUUUGAAUGCUUUGUACAAGAAGAAGCAAUCUGAUGCUUUGAGAUACUUGUUACGUAUCAGAUCUUGGGAAUUGAGACAAUUACCAGGAAUCCACAGAGUCAAUCACCCAACAAGACCAGACAAGGCUCACCAACUCGGAUUCAAGGCCAAGCAAGGAUAUGUUAUUUACAGAGUCAGAAUUAGACGUGGUGGACGUAAAAAGCAAGUUCCAGGUGGUAGAGUCAAUGGUAAGCCAGCAACUCAAGGUAUUCACUUGAAGCCAAAGAGAAACUUGCAAGUUGUUGCUGAAGGAAGAGUUGGUAAGAGAGUUGGUGCAUUGAGAGUUUUGAACUCAUACUGGGUCAAUCAAGAUGGUAGAUACAAGUGGUACGAAGUCAUUUGUGUUGAUCCAACCUCUGAAUCUGUCAGAGUUGAUCCACAAAUUAACUGGAUUACAACCACCAAGCACAAGCACAGAGAAAUGAGAGGUCUCACCUCCUCCGGUAAGAGACACCGUGGUUUGAGAACAAAGGGAUGCACCUCAUCCAAGGUCAGACCAUCCAGAAGAGGAAGCUGGAAGAGAAGAAAUACUACCAAAUUGCAAAGAAAGAGAUAA